AUGGAAAGUUCUGAUUUUUUCAUUUGCAGUGAACUUUGGUCAAACUUUCGAAAAACUCUAAAUCUUGAACAUUUAAAUAAAGUUGUUACUUUUGCUGGGCUUGGUUGUAGCACUUUUAAAUGGUCAACCUGUUAUCGUGAAAUUCUCAAUAAACAUACCAAAAAAAGAGAAAGAUAUCAAGCCAAAUCUGAAAGAAUUAAAACCAAGAAUAAGCCAAAAAGAAUAACAAUGGUAGUUUAUCAUAAACCUCCGCCUCGUCAAACUACACGAAGCCAACAAUUAAUUGAGCGUAUGCGAAAGUCAAUUGGACCACGUUAUUAUCCGGGUUCUGAAGAUCCUAGCCACUCAGAUGAAUCAUUCACCUUAGAUGAUUCUAGUGAUGAUGAAGAUAUUUCAGAGAAAAGUACUGAUAUCAUUGAUAGGGUAAUAGAAUUUCCAUUGGAUCCAAUGCCAAUGGGUAUAAGGAAGAAGCAAGCAGAAAAUGCAGAAAGUAAAAAAAUUCUUGGAUUCGGUAUGAAAUCAUCACGUUUCCCAAAACCAUCAAGUCAUUUGACAAUAACACCAGCACCUGGCACUUACGAAAAGUAUCAGGAGUACAAUGUGAAACCAAAAUUAUCAAAAUGUCAACAAUCUUUUACAAAAGCUCCAAAUGUAAAUCGUCAUUUUCAUGCAGAUACUAUCUAUGUUGGACCAGGUGUAUAUAACUAUGCCAAGUUUCAUGAAAGAUCUACUGUAGUCGAGUCAAAAGGACGUUUCGAUACAAGCAAUGAAUCAAGAUGUAAACCGAUCAAAGUUGGUUACAUGGCUAGACUGGUACCUACACAAAAUGGUCCAAGGCUUACAAAUGCCAAGUCAAGUAUUGAUGAACUAUUAUCACCAAAAUAUGCAAACAAGGGGAAAUUUUCUGAAACUGAACGUAAAACACUUCAAUUGACUAAUCAAAGUGGAGUUUCACCAAAUCAAUACAACCCAGUUGAUCCUAAUAUGUAUCAAUCAUCUUUCAAUGUUAAAUCAGUGCCAUUUCUAAAACAAGCACCAAGAAUGACUAAAAGAGAAUUCAACAAUUACAUACAAAAUGUGACACCAUUCACUGGUCCUGGAAGAUAUAAUCUUCCCAAAUAUGAUACUUCAGAAGAAAAAGAACCUGAAUGUCAUUUCUACCUUUCAAAGUGUCCACGAAGUUUGACUUUAUUGGAGGAGAAAAAAUUCCAGGGGCGACUUCAGCCGACUAAUAUACCAACACCAAAUUCAUGUACACCAUUCAUGACGACACGUAGUCAUGAUAGAUUAGUUGGAAAUUAUUUAAAAAUACAAUGA